AUGCAGCUGCUGCGAAUCCUGAGGGGAACGCUGGCUGUGGCGGCGACCUGGGCGUUUCUGGCAGUCUCGUUUGUCAUCAUGCUGCCAUUCUUCCUUGUGGCGCUAGUGUGCGGCGGAUGGUCGAUGGCACGCCGGUGGGUUGGCUAUCCGGCGGGCGCGUGGGUGGUGUUUCCGGGUAUGGCGGCAAUCGCCGAGUGGUGGGGCGGCUCGACGCUGCGGGUCCACACGUCGUCGCCUGCGGGCGCCAAGUCCCCCGACGCCAUUCUGGUGCCUGGCGAGUCUGCGCUGGUCAUGGCCAAUCACGUGUUUGCGCUCGACUGGUGGGCCAUCAUGCGGCUGGGCGUCCGUAUUCGGUCGGCCGGCUGGCUUGUGUUCCUGGCCAAGGACUCGGUCAAGUACAUCCCGGUGGUGGGAUGGGUGGUGGCCAUGGCGGGCGUGCUGCUGCGGCGGUCGUGGGACUUGGAUGCGGCGCGGCUGUUUGCCGCCUUUCGCGCUGCGGGUGCCGCCGGCCAGCCGGUCUGGCUCAUGUGCCACCCCGAGGGCACCCGCAUGUCGCCGGCCAAACUUGCGGCGUCGCAGGCGUGGCUGGAAGCUCAAGGCCGUGACCAAAUGGACCAUGUACUCGCACCGCGGGUCAAGGCUGUCAUUGCCGCCGUUGCCGCGCUCCACUCGCGGUUCGCGGCCAUCUACGACCUCACACUCGCGUAUCCUGACGGCACGCCGUCGAUCUGGAAGGUUGCUUGCUCUUGUGCGCCCGAUGUCCACCUCCACGUCGACCGCAUCCCGAUUCCGGUGCUCUUCGAGCAGAUUGCCGCCGCCGGCGGGCUAGACGCUGCCGCCGUGCCGGAUCUGUUUGACGCGACCGCGUCGGGUGACGCAACGGCUGCCGCUGUCAUCCUCCCGCUCAUGAAAGAGUGGGUCCGCGCUCGCUGGCAGCUCAAGGAGCGGCGGCUGCGCGAGUUCCACGCCCGCGGCGGGCAGUUUGACCCCGACGAGGCGCGCGAGCUUCCGUUGCCGAGUCUUUCGCAGCAUGGCGCGUUUGUGCGCGAUGGACUGACACGGACAUGGCCGCGGCAAGCAGUGGCUCAGUAGCGGUUUCCAGCUUUAUCACCUCGUUCACUUCUUGCUGAGCGCGUCGUUGAGCAGGGCAUCAAGGCGCUUGACCAUAGAACGCGGGUCCUCAAGUAGGCCAGCAGAAAUCAUGGCGUUGUCAAAGACCUGCUGGGCAACACGCAGAGCGAGGUCGGGCUCCUCGACACGGGCAGAAACCAGCUUGGAGAUGAUAGGCGACUUGGGGUUGAUCUCGAGAGUGUAGCUCUCCUCCAUGUCGUUGACGCCGGUCCGGGCGCCAACCAUGCGGAUCAUCUGGCGCAUGGUGGCCGAGUCGUGCUCGACAAUCAGCGCCGGCGCCGAGGUCACGCGCUUGGUUGCCUUGACCUCGGACACCUUCUCGCCGAGCGAAUCCUUCAUCCACUCGAGCAAGCCGUCGA